AUGGCUGCCUCUCAAUGUUGUCGUAUCGCGCUCACCAGGCUCCCCGUCAACGGUUUUGAGUCGAGCCCGUGCGGGCUACAUCAUGGCGUGGGUAAUGAGUCGGCGGAGCUUCGCGGCGAGGUAUCCGGAACCGGGUUACCAACCUCGCCAGACCAGCCGCCGGUUCGCCAAGGCUGCGAGGUUCCCGCGAAAGGCUCCUUGCGGAAUGAAACGAAUGGAAGCGGAAACUUCAGCGGAACGGGCAGCGGAAACGGGGCGCGCCUGCGCCUGCCGCGGAGCUGGCAGGGGGGCGCGUUUCUCCUUCCGCCCAGGUGGCUUCGGCGGUACUUUCGGAAGUUCCGCGGGAUUGGGGAGGGGCUUUUUCCGGCGUACCCGAGCUUUAUUGUCGUCUUCUGGUCCUUCGUCGCCUCGUUCAUUGGAAUAGCUCUGUGUGCGUUUCUCGCGUUCAACACGAGCAUGCAGCAGACCCUGAGCCCCUACUCCACUACCAGCAGCACCAGCAACACGAGUGAAACCGACCAGCAGCAGCAAGCGUCGUUUAUGAUUGGCUCGUUCGGCGCCACAGCGGUGCUCAUCUUCGGAACCAUCGACUCGCCCCUCUCGCAGCCCCGGAAUGUGAUCCUCGGCAGUGCCGUUUCAGCGGUCAUUGGCGCGCUUAUAUCGGAAAUUUUCGCUAUAGGGGGGCUCGCGUUUCCUAAUACGUCGUGGCUCUGGCUACAGUGCGGGCUCGCGGUUUCCUUAUCCAUAGUGGUCAUGCAGCUGCUGCGUAUCGUCCAUCCCCCUGGGGGUGCUUCGGCCCUGAUUGCGGUCAUGUCUCCACCCUCCCUGCGCUGCCACGGGCUCUUCGUCCUCACUCCCGUGCUGCUGGGAGUGUGCAUCAUGCUCACCGUCGCUCUCUUUGUCAACAACAUCACCAGACAAUACCCGCUGUACUGGUGGCGGCCAGUCAUCCUCGACAUCCCUGUCCCUGAGGGCUCCACACACCACUCUACCGGCGUGCAUUCUUCCAACCGUUACCCACUCCUUCCCACUCCUUCCCCAUUACUCCCAAUCACCAGGUACCCGCUGUACUGGUGGCGGCCAGUCAUCCUGGACAUUCCCGUGCCUGAGGGCUCCACACACCACUCCGCAGUGACAGCAGGCGAGGCAUACCACACCAUACAGCACCUGCACGCCGUGCACUCCCCCUUGCACCAUGCGCAGCUGCCCUUUCAACUGCCCCCUCAGCCGCUAGCUCAACAGCCCUCGCAGCUGCUGCCCAUGUGCCUUCCUUCAAGCGAUGCACAGCGGGUCCACGCGGUGCUCUCUCCCGUGUGCGAUGCCCCGCCGCAUCAGCUCCCCGGCCACCGUCCAAUCAGCGAAGCUGCGGCGACAUCUAGCGAGGUGAGUCACAUGGUAGAAGAGCUAGCCCAUUCGCUGCCAGUGCUUCUGCAGCAGGCCCGUUCUCAGCACUCACCUGCUCAUGCGGUGGAGAGCGGUUCAGAUGCUGAAGAGGACGGGCCAGCGAGUCGUGUUCAUGGCGGCAUGGCGUACUUUCAAGGAGGCCGUGCGGAAAUGGACGCGUGUAGCAUUGCUGGUAACACAUGCCGCAAUGCUUCUGGUAGUACUAGGGGCACAGAGGGCUCGCAGGGCUCGCAGGGCACGCAGGGCACACAGGGCUCGCAGGGCUCGCAGGGCUCGCAGGGCACACAGGGCACACAGGGCACACAGGGCACACAGGGCACACAGACGGCAACUGUGGCAGAAGCAGUGGCAGCAGAGCUCACCUUUCGUGGCGGGCCGUUCCGCCUCGUCAGCGCCUCUUCACUGAGCCACGUCAGCGUUCCCUCGCUGGGUCAUCAGCAGAAGCACUAUGGUCAGGGCAAACAGCUGGUCGAGCAGCAACCACAACCUUUUUCGGGCAGCUCAACGAUUUUUGCCGAUGCCAUGUCAUCGCAUUCCUCUUUGUCUGAUGGCAUGGCAGUUGGUGAGAGAAAAGAACACAGCAAUAACACACGUGACAGCAAUGCAGCAGGCAUUGUAAAUUCGGGCGCACAUGCUGUUGGCCAAGCUGGAACCGAUGAUCGAUUAGCCCGUGAUGCAUCUGCAUCUGUUGAUUCGCCAGCUGCUAUUGAUCCAGCGGCUGGGAUGGCAAAGGUGGCGGCUCCGUGGUGGAUGGGUGAUCCUAGUCGGCCUAUAACGGAUCAACCGGAAGGCACUUUCGUUUGGGCUAAGAAGCGCGCUCAAUGGCAUGCGGGCAUCAUAGCAUCGCCUCUCAACUGCUCCACUCCCGCUCCUGAUGCUCCAGACACUCCCCCCCAUGCACUCACCACCACCACUCGAGCACGUGCCUCGCAUGUCUGCGUCUUCCUGCCUCGAGAUGCCACCUUCGUCUGGGAGCGGAUUCUGAGGCGCAUGAGGAGGGUUGGGGUGCUGUCAGUGGCCACAGAAAUACUCGACUUGAGCGACCAGGUCCCCUUAGAGGCUGUGGCGCUACCGGCUCGCUCCGUCUCAUUCUGGUCUCGCUUUGCUGAAAGGGGUGCUGGAGCCGAUUCGUUUGAGCAGCAGGGAGAGCUGCUGAGCGACCUCUGCCAGAUCAUCCUGCCACAGCUGCUGCAUCCUGAUUGGCUCUCAUCCCGCCACUCCAGCUGGACCGACGAAUGCCUAGCUGCCAACUCGGCACCAGCAGUGCAUUCACGCAUUCAGGAGCUCUCUUCAGCCAUCCUCUGGUCGCACGUGGAAGUCCUCUGGAAGGUUUCUCAGCCGCCACAACCAGCAGCAGCGUGGGCUGCCUUCAAGCGCCCUUUGCUCGCCGCAGUGGAAGCGUGUAUGAUGCAGGGCACACCUGGAAGGGAGAGGCUCUGGUCCAAGAACGGGGGGAUCUUUGGGUUCCUUCCCUUUGCUGUGGGUGGUGGCGGUGGUGGCGGUGCUGGUGGUGUUGGUGGUGGUGGUGGCGAUGCAGGCACUCUUGCAGCUGCUGCGAUCGCCUCCCCCGAGAAUGCCGGUGGUAUUUCCGCUGGUGUAAAUGCUGUUGCUGCUGGUGGUGGGGGUAAAUUCCAUGCUGAAACAGGGACAGGAGUAGGAGCAACCAGUUUGACACCGAAUGCAGCAGCAGGAGCAGGAGGAGCAGCAGGAGCAGGAGCAGCAGGAGCAGCAGGAGGAGCAGGAGCAGCAGGAGGAGCAGGAGCAGCAGGAGGGUUAACGGAUGGGCCAGCGGGAAGUGGCGUGGUUAAGUGUUUUGACGGGGGAAUGGGCGGCGGAGGAGGGGUUGAGGGUGGGGGAAGGCCAGAGGGCGGGGAAUAUGGAGGGAUCGCCACAGAGGAGACGCAAAGGAGAGGGGGAGCAGAAGCUUUUAGAGCUAGAGGGGAUGGAGGGAGAGAUGGCGGGGUGUUGAGCGGUGGAGAGGUGUUGAGUGAUGGGGAGGUGGAUUUGGGAGAGUUGGAACCCAUUGGAGACCUGACGUUAGGCAUAGGGGACAGAGCUGCCACUGCCGCCACAGCUGCCACAGCUGCUACAGGAGAGACUGAUGUGAUCGUGUACCAGAGAAAAAAGCUUCGUGUGGCUGGUGGUGGUAUGUCCAAAGGAGAGGGAGCGUCGCUGGUGGUGUGUGCGGAUGUGAGUGGAGGGAAAGAGCGGGUGCCGAUACCAUGUGUGGUGGACGGCGCAGUGAUGCAGGGGAUGAGGAUUGGGGAGACGAAGGGAGAGACGGAAGGAGGAGGUUGGGAGCGGUGGAGGGAGUUUGAGUAUAUCAUACAGCGGGCGUGCGACCACGUGGCGCACUCCCAACAGGACACAGAGGGGGGCGCGUGCGAUGUGAAUGGGGAGUCCAUGCGAGGCCGUUUCGCCUACGACAGCGACGGCAGAAUCAUGCUGCAGAGAGGACUCCUGGUGUACGAGUGCAACGCGCACUGUGCAUGCGAUGCCCUCAGCUGCCCCAACCGAGUGCUGCAACGGGGCAUUCAACACCGCCUUGAACUCUUCCUCACUCCUCACAAGGGAUGGGCCGUGAGAGCAGCAGAGGCAUUGGAGCGAGGCACCUUUGUGUGCGAGUACAUUGGGGAGGUGGUGGGCAGCACAGAAGCCAGUGCACGCGCACAGGCAUACCCUGAGAUUGGCUCAUACCUCUACGACAUUGACGCUCACAUGGACGCUCCUCGUGCUGCGGUGCAGUGCGGUUCAAGUGGGAGAUUAUCAAGGGGAGAGAGGCUUGGCAGUCCGAACCAGGGCAGUGCGUUGUUCAAGAGAAGGAGGAGAUUGGCGCGGACUGGUGGGUGUGCUGUGUGGCUGAGGAGAAACGAGGAGCUGGAGAGGGAGAAAAUCAAGGAGAAAUGGGAUCAGGGCGAGGAGGAAUGGGAGGGUGAGGAAGAGGAGUUGGCGGAGGGGGGGUGGUGGGAUGUGGGGAACGUGGAAGACUGGGAGCUGGAGGAGGUGGGUCUGAAGAAGCCACAGCAGCCUCAGCAGCGGCAGCAGCCACAGCAGCAGGCGCAGCAACACUUUGUGAUUGACGCUACUCGCCAGGGGAACAUUGCAAGGUUCAUCAACCACAGCUGCGACCCCAACCUGGUGAACUACUCGGUGCUUGUGGAGAGCAUGGACUGCCAGCUGGCGCACAUCGGCCUGUUUGCCGCCCGGGAUAUAGCAGCAGGAGAAGAGCUGUCAUAUGACUAUCACUACAGUUUAGUGGAUGGCCCAGGUUGCCCGUGUCAUUGUGGAGCCAAGAAAUGUCGUGGUCAGGGGUUCCGAAUGGCGGAGAGCAGUGGCGCGUCCGACGAUGCGCUGCUGCGGGAGUUUUUCGCUGAGGUCGGCGCGGUGGAGAGGGAUAACGAAGUAAACAGGAUCCUGGCGUGUUUCAAGCUGAACCCUUUCGAGCAGCUGAACCUGCCGUUCGAUGCCAAACAGGAGGACGUUAAAAAGCAAUACCGCAAGGUGUCUCUGAUGAUUCACCCUGACAAGUGCAAACACCCUCAAGCACGAGAAGCAUUCGAUGUGGUUGCCAAAGCACAGGAGAAGCUUCUGAACUCCGACGAGUGGGGAUACCUCACCUCACAGUUUGCAGCUGCCAAAGAGGAUGUCCUGAGGGAACGCAAGAGGAGGCUGAAGAAGGACAGGCAAGGCAAGCCGGCGGCAGAUGGGCUGUCUAAAGCCGAGGAGGAGGCGGCCUUCCUGGCAUCAUCAGAGUUCAAGGAGCAGUGGCGGUUGAAGGCACGUGAGCUGUUGACAGCGAACGAAUGGAGACGAAGAAAACUCUCAAAGCGGAUAAAGGAAGAGGAGGUGAAGAUUCAGCAGGAGGAGGAGGAGACGAAGGAGAAGACCCUCAAGGAGAGGGAGCACACACAGAAGUGGGAGGAGACCAGAGAGACGAGGGUCAGCAGCUGGAGAGACUUUCAAAAGAAGGGCAACAAGAAGGCGAAGGGUGAGCUCAAGCCUCCAGCCAUGCGAGCUGAGGAUCCAAAUAAAUCAUACCUCGUGAUGACAGAAGAGAGCCUUCAACGAGAAAAGGAGGCGUCAGUGCGUCUCUUGCAGCUGCUGCAGCAAGAGCGCGAGGCGCGCUCGGCCAUGGCGGCGGUAAGGGAGGAGGACCGGGUACUAUCGGACGCGGAUAUGGCGGCGCUGAUGCAGAAGAAUAAGGAGCUUGAGGACGUUCUCCGGAGAUUAGAGGAAGACGUGGAGGCGAUUUCGCAGGAAAAAGAGUCUCUGAUGAAAGACAGAGACGGCAUGGCGGUUGAAUCCAGCUCGUUGUGCGAGCGGUUGGAGGAGGCGGAGGCGGCGAGCGAGAUGCUGAAGCGGGAGAACGAGAAUCUCGAGGCUGAGCUGGUGGCAGCGCGCAAGUCGCGGGACACGUACUGGAACCACAGCAUCGCGUUGGCGAUGAGUCGCACGAUCGCCUGCUCUCGCACUGCGACGUGGGCGAUCGGCGUGCGACCGAACGAUCCUGCGAAAUUGUCGGCGAGAUUGUUGAGGUGUCUGGCCGUCGCCUGCCUGGUGGCAUUCGUCGCAGGAGGACUCCCGACCUCGCAGGCCGGAGCUACGCGCGCGAAAGCCGCGGCGCCCCUGCGCAAGCAGUACAUAGUGCACCUGGCGGCGGUGCCGCCGGUGCUCAACUACCGCGGCGGCGUGGCGGGGCUGGCGGCGACCGCGCCGGAGCUAGACGACAACGACCCCGAGAGCAGCCCCACUGACGCGGACGACGACGAUAGCGCUCCGAUUGAUAGUCCAGGUGGCGGUUCAGGUGGCGUUUCAGGUGGCGGUCCGGUUGGCAGUUCAACUGACGGCUCGGGUGUCUCAGGUGGAAAUUCAGGCGACAUUCCAGGGGGAGGUGCAGGAACCGGGGCCGCAGUAGGAGGAGCGGAUUCAGCGGGAGGUCCUUUCCCAACUGGCGGGGCUACCGCCGAUGACGCUACAGCUGGCGGCGCUACAACCGACGAUUCUACAGCUGGCGACAGCAGUGCUACAAAUGUCACGCUUGCUGCAGCAGAGAUGCUCCAAGGGCUCAGCGCGGCCCGUCUCGCCACCGUUAGUAGCACAUCUGCUGUACCCCCUCGCUUCGGCACAAUCACGAAAUCGACUUUUGAGGCUCCUCGAAAAGCGAUACGGCGGCUGGCGGAUCGAAUCAAGCGGCGCGCGGACGUGCGGCGGGCGAACGUGAAAUCUUUCGUCAACUUUCUGCGGGAUUCGCAGCGGCAGUUCUUGCGAAAGAAUAACAUUUCGCCGUCGCAGAUGUUCCAGAGCUACACGUACACGGUUAACGGGUUCGCUGUAACGCUGACGGACGCGGAAGCGAAACGGCUGAAGCAGCACCCUGCCGUGGCAUGGAUCGAAGAAGACAAACCGGUUCGCGCGCUCACUGUAGACUCGCCGACUUUCUUGAAACUGCCAACGAGCCUGUGGGCGGAAAACGGGGGGCAGAGCCGCGCGGGCGAGGAUGUGAUUAUAGGCGUGGUGGACUCGGGAAUAUGGCCGGAACACCCUUCUUUCGCAAACAAGCCUGCCGAUCCUUAUGGCCCGGUCCCGGACCGCUGGUUCGGAGGGUGUGCAGCAACAGCGGACUUCCCAGCCUCGCUCUGCAACGGCAAGCUCAUUGGCGCCAAGUUUUUCAACAGCGGGUUUCGCAAGUCCGGGCAGAGCGUGGAUCCAAUCAACGACUUUUCAUCUGCCCGGGAUGGUGACGGGCACGGCACGUGGUGUGCGGGAGCCGCAGCGGGCAAUGCGAACGUGAGUGUGGAGAUGAACGGCCGCAACUACGGCACAGCCAGCGGCGUGGCGCCGCGUGCGCGCGUGGCCAUGUACAAGGCGCUCUGGGUCGUCAAGGGCGGCGGCGCGUCGGGCACCAACGCGGACAUUCGCGCCGCCGUUGAUGCCGCUGUGGCGGACGGAGUGGACGUGCUCUCUCUCUCCCUGGGGGGUUCCGUGCCCCAGUACUUCUCUGACAUACCUUACAUGAAUGCCGCCAAGGCGGGGGUGUUUGUGGCGCUGGCAGCAGGCAACUCGGGGCCGCCCUCUCCCAUGCGCGUGCUGGGCACACUCAGCAACGCUGCUCCGUGGUACCUGACAGUGGGAGCAACCACCAUUGGUCGGCAGUACCGGGCAGUGUUGAGCCUUGGGAACGGGGUGGAGCUGAGGGGAGUGAGCUUUGGAGGCAACGCACAGACGGUGAAUAAAGUGCUGCUGCCCGCUUCUGCUGCUGUCAAGCCCAGCGCCUCUGCAUCCGAUGCCGCACUAUGCGACAUCACUGCUAUCGACAAAUCCAAGCUGGCGGGCCGAAUCGUCGUGUGCACGUUCCAGCCAUCAGCCUCCAAGCCUGCAGGAAUCCCCAUCAACGCUCUAGCCGCCUACAAGGCAGCAGCGCUCGUCAUCCUUAGUGGCUCACCCGAUACAGACAACAUGGCCAUGCUCCCUUUCACCGAGCUGCCCCUCCUCUACCUCACCAACGCCCAGGGCGGGCAGGUGAAAAACUACCUGCAGCAGACGGCCAAUCCCGUGGCGACACUUGGUGAAGUCAUCACCACAAAUUCCUCCAAUGCUCCCCAAAUGGCAAGUUUUUCUUCCACAGGACCCACCAUAAACCCCUCCCUCUUCCCAAUUCCGUCAUUCCUCCCAACCAACGACAUCUUAAAGCCGGACAUCGUAGGCCCGGGGUUCCAGCUCUGGUCGUCUUACCGAGGCAAGAGCGCAGCUUCGGCAGCGACCGACCCUCCCACAUUCAACUGCAUUUCGGGUACAUCCAUGGCUACACCACAUCUUGCCGGAAUUGCGGCAUUAUUAAUCCAGAAGAAUCCAGGCUGGACGCCCGCGCAGGUGAUGUCAGCAAUGAUGACUACAGCAUCUACAGUAAACAACGCCGGCCAGCCAAUCAAACGCGCAAAUGGGGACGUCGCUACCCCGUGGGAUUACGGCUCGGGGCAAGUGGACCCGUCGAGGAUCUUAAACCCCGGGUUGACUUUAACCUCGGGCUUUAAUGAUUAUGUGAAUUUCCUCGCGAGCCGGAAUUUCAAGCAGACCAAGCACGCCUUUCCGGGGCUCAAGGGGAUUCGGGCGCGCAAGCCGUGGAAUCUCAACCGUCCAACGAUCUCGAUCUCACGGCUGACGGUCCGCGGGAGGAAGAUUGUGCGCACGGUUCGGAACGUGUUUGACCAGCCGUCGACGUACACUGUGAAGGUUCGGGUGCCGUCAGACGUGCAGGUUCGGGUGUCGCCAAGCCAGUUUACCGUUGGUCCGGGAGAGGUGCAGCGGAUCACGAUGAUUCUUAAGGCGAAGAAAGUUGUGAGGUCGUUCCUGUUUGGAUCGCUUAGGCUGGUGGAUGAGCACGGGCAUGCUGUUAAUAUGCCUAUUGCACUGCACAUCGCAGCGCAAGGUGGCAUGGCAGUAUGGUAUGGAGCUUGGGAAGUUCAGGAGGAGGUGAUUCGUGGCCUCACCGUGGACUCGCCAACUUUUCUGAAGCUGCCCGACAGCCUGUGGGCAGCAAAUGGCGGGCAGAGCCGGGCAGGCGAGGAUGUGAUUAUAGGCGUGGUGGACUCUGGGAUAUGGCCGGAGCACCCUUCAUUUGCAGAUGAUCCAUCAGACCCGUACGGCCCGCCCCCUUCCGGUUGGCGGGGCGGCUGCACAGUAACGGACGAUUUCCCUGAAACAGUGUGCAACAGCAAGCUGGUGGGGGCGCGGUACUUUGUGGCGGGGCUGCUGGCCAAUCAGGGCAGCAUUUCCGAGUCCUUGGAUUUCAUGUCGCCGCGGGAUGGCAAUGGGCAUGGCUCGUGGUGUGCAGGAGCCGCAGCAGGGAACGCGAAUGUGAGUGUGGAGAUGCAUGGCCGCAACUAUGGCACAGCAAGCGGUGUGGCACCCCGGGCGCGCAUCGCCAUGUACAAGGCGCUCUGGCGCAUGGCGGACGGCGGGGCGGCCGGCAUGGACUCAGAUAUCCGGGCGGCAGUGGAUACUGCCGUGGCAGACGGCGUGGAUGUGUUGUCGCUGUCGCUGGGGGGAAGCAUUCCGAAUUACUUCUCCGAUAUUGCCUACCUGAAUGCUGUCAAGGCAGGAGUAUUCGUGGCGAUGGCAGCAGGAAACUCCGGCGCACCUUCCUCCUCCAAGGCUGUGGGCACCAUAAGCAACGCAUCGCCGUGGUACCUCACCGUUGGCGCCAGUCUUUCGAUUGCUGCGGAGGAGGCAGGGGGGUCGACACUUGUGGUGGCGGGGUGGAGCUUCGGAGGCACGCCCCUCACAGUCGGUCUGCCGGUUCUAGAUGCCAGGGAUGCUGCUGCUGAUGGUGCCAGCCAAUCUCUGGCCAGCCAGUGCCAUGCUCCCAGCAUCAACGCGUCUCUCACCCUCAACACCCUCCUCCUCUGCUCUCACUCCUCUCGACCGCUCGCCGACGUGCUCCUGGACGCCUCCACCCUUCGCCCAGCUGCCCUCGUGCUGCUGGGAGCUUCCGACACGCCUCCCCGCCUGCCCUACACGCGCAUGUCUGUCAUUUACCUCAAGGCUUCCGACGCUUCUGCUCUCAGAAGCUUCCUGGGAAGGACCACAAGGCCCGGGGUACCAGCUCUGGGCGGCCUACCGAGGCUCCAGCGCAGGCUCGGGAGGAGCAGCCUCGGGCCCGCCCUCGUUCGGGCUGCUGUCAGGAACCUCCAUGUCUACACCUCAGCUCGCGGGAAUCGCGGCGCUUAUAAUACAAGAUAA